AUGGCGCCCAAAACCGAAGGCAAGGCUAUCGGCAUUGACCUUGGCACCACCUACAGCUGUGUUGGAGUGUGGCAGAACGACAGGGUGGAGAUCAUCGCCAACGAUCAGGGCAACCGCACCACUCCUUCGUAUGUCGCCUUCACCGAUACAGAGCGUCUCAUCGGCGAUGCGGCCAAGAACCAGGUCGCGAUGAACCCUCACAACACUGUCUUCGACGCCAAGCGUCUCAUCGGCCGGAAAUUCUCCGACCCGUCCGUACAAGCAGACGUCGUUCCCGGCGACGGAGGAAACCCGAUGAUCGUGGUCCAGUACAAAGGCGAGGAGAAGCAAUUCGCUCCGGAAGAGAUCUCCUCCAUGGUGUUGGUCAAGAUGAGGGAGAUUGCCGAGGCCUUUUUAGGUCAAAACAUUAAGAACGCUGUGGUCACCGUUCCGGCUUACUUCAACGACUCGCAGAGGCAGGCGACGAAGGAUGCAGGUUCAAUUGCCGGCCUCAACGUUCUCCGAAUCAUCAACGAGCCGACCGCCGCCGCAAUUGCUUACGGGCUGGACAAGAAAGGGUCGAGGAGCGGCGAGAAGAAUGUUCUCAUCUUCGAUCUCGGCGGAGGAACGUUUGAUGUCUCUCUGCUGACGAUUGAGGAAGGGAUAUUCGAAGUGAAGGCCACCGCCGGAGAUACGCAUCUGGGUGGUGAGGAUUUCGACAAUAGGCUGGUGAAUCACUUCGUGGCGGAGUUCAAGCGGAAGAACAAGAAGGACAUCAGCAGCAACGCCAGAGCUCUGAGGCGGCUGAGAACCGCGUGCGAGAGGGCGAAGAGGACUCUGUCUUCCACCUCUCAGACCACAAUCGAAAUCGAUUCCCUCUACGAAGGUAUCGACUUCUACUCCACCAUUACUAGAGCUAGGUUUGAAGAAUUGAACAUGGAUUUGUUUAGGAGGUGUAUGGAGCCUGUGGAGAAAUGUCUCCGCGAUGCCAAAAUCGACAAGGCUCAGGUAAACGAUGUGGUUCUGGUUGGAGGGUCGACGAGGAUUCCCAAAGUCCAGCAGCUGCUCCAGGAUUUCUUCAACGGGAAGGAGCUCUGUAAGAGUAUUAAUCCUGAUGAGGCGGUAGCUUACGGAGCAGCUGUUCAGGCGGCGAUUCUGACUGGGGAAGGAGACGAGAAGGUUCAGGAUUUGCUUCUCUUGGAUGUCACCCCUCUCAGCUUGGGGCUUGAGACCGCCGGCGGUGUGAUGACGGUCUUGAUUCCGAGGAACACAACGAUUCCGACCAAAAAGGAGCAAGUUUUCUCGACUUACUCUGACAAUCAGCCUGGAGUUUUGAUUCAGGUGUACGAAGGGGAAAGGGCGAGAACUAAGGAUAACAAUCUGCUUGGGACAUUCGAGCUGAAGGGUAUCCCACCGGCUCCAAGAGGAGUCCCGCAGAUCAAUGUCUGCUUCGAUAUGGACGCCAAUGGUAUCCUGAACGUGUCAGCGGAAGACAAGACGGCUGGGGUGAAGAACAAGAUCACGAUCACGAACGACAAGGGGAGAUUGAGCAAGGAUGAGAUCGAGCGGAUGGUGCAGGAGGCUGAGAAGUACAAGGCCGAGGAUGAGGAAGUGAAGAAGAAAGUCGAGGCUAAGAAUGCGUUGGAGAAUUAUGCUUAUAACAUGAGAAACACAGUGAAGGACGAGAAGUUUGCAGGCAAGCUGGAUCCAGCAGACAAGCAGAAGAUUGAGAAGGCGAUAGACGACGCGAUUCAGUGGCUUGAAGGCAACCAAUUGGCUGAGGUGGAAGAGCUGGAGGACAAGCUGAAGGAGUUGGAAGGACUCUGCAAUCCCAUCAUCUCCAAGAUGUAUGGAGCUGGUGGCGAUGUGCCGAUGGGUGGGGGAAUGGGUGGUGGUUCUGGCGGCUCAGGUGCUGCAGGUGCUGCUGGUCCUAAGAUUGAGGAGGUUGACUAA